GUUACUUAAUACUGUCAUGCAGUAAAGCAAAGCAAACAGGGAGAGCAGACCAUUUCCAGAUUCCUGCAUGUGACUACAACUACACGUUAAAAUGUCCUUGUUGCUGUGAACCAAAAUCAAACAAGAAAAACUAGGAGAGUUUUUCAAGAGGAGGCUUCAUUGUCUCUUUCCAGAGAAGGAAAUAUGUUUGAUACUCCUGGACUCGUUUGUAUGAUUUUGUGGUAUAUGAUGCUGUUUCAUCCCUUGCAUGCUGACAUCCAGUGUAUGGACUCAGAGACACAGGAAUCCCCUAUUACAAAUGUGAGUGUGGACUGGAGAAAAUUGGAACUGUCCUGGCAGAGCAGCAGGAACUUCUCUGAGUACAGAUGUAUCAUCAUGAACAGAGGCAUGGAAUAUAUGCCCACAGAGGCGGAUAGUCCACUAUGCAGCUUUCCACUGGAACUACACAUGCCUAUGCACAAAGGGCUAACCUUUGUCAUUGAAGUGCCAAACACAAACAUCUCAAAACAAUGCAGCUUUCUCCCUGGAGGCAUGAAGGGCUCAGCCAUUGAAAACUUCUCCUGUGUGAUUUAUAACAUCUUCCUCAUGAACUGCACUUGGCAGGCAGGAAGGGAUGCUCCAGCAGACACACAGUAUUUUCUCUACUGGCAGCAGUCAAGAGGUGAAGAGGACAUGGAAUGUGUGCUUUACAUUAAAGAUGAAAAUUUCAGAAAUGUGGGAUGCAUUUUCCAAAAUGUGAGCAUAGGGGAUGAAAAAGCUUACUUCCUGGUGAAUGGGUCUAGCAACAACUCCCUGAUCCAGUUCUAUGAUGAGUACAUUGCCCUGUAUAACAUUGAAAUACUCACUGCUCCAAUAAAUGUCACUGCCCAUUGUACCAGAGAUCCUAUGGGUUGCAUAAUUAUGUGGCAUCCACCCCUUACAAGUCAUGUGGAAAACACAAAGUGUUUUCAGUAUGAAAUUAGCAUACAAAAUAAGGAUGAGCCCACAGAAGAGAAAAAGCUUUCUCAUGUAAGCAAUGACAGAUAUGAAUUCCAAAAUUACAAUGAGAAAAAAAGAUACAUUCUGAAAAUCAGAGCAAGUGGAAAUAACUGUCUUGUCAGCUCAAACUGGGGGGAAUGGAGUGAACCCAUCGAGUUUGGUCAAGGGAAAGAUUACUUUAUUUUUGUGAUUUUAUUUCUGAUUGUACUUGGAACAAUCUCAAUUACACUUGUCCUGUAUUGUCUUUUCAAAAGGUGCUGCAGUUUCAAGAACCUAUUUCCUCCCAUACCACAACCAAGAGACAAAUUCAAUGCAUUAACUGAUGAAGAUAUCCAGACAGAAUAUGUAAAUCUACCAACAAAAAGUCAUACUGAGAAAAUAACUACAAUUGAGGAGUGAUCCGACUUUCCAAAAACACACCCGAUUGCCCAACAUGAAAGAAAAUUAUGGAUCCUGCUGACAAGUACUUCAAACCAGUCAAUAAAAGAAUAUAAUCACCUACAGAACUGUUUGCCUCCUUAAAAUUCACUUAAAUUGAGCAGAUUAAAAAAAGGGAGAAAAAUCAGUGAAAUUUGUUCUUUUCCUUUUGUUCAAACCCACAAUGCCUGGCAACCAAGCUUUUCUGCAAGCACCUACUUUGAAGAAAUGCUUGAACCUUGCUAAGAGGUUUUUCACAAUGUGAGACAAGCCCUCUUAGCCAGAAUGAAGCUGCUACUACUUGUCGUCAUUGCUAUGAAGCUUCUUGCCUCUCAUUAUAAUGAUUUCCCGUAGGCUGACAGCCUUGCUGUAUAAUGCCACAGCAAUUAUACUGUAAUUUUUAUAUGCCCAGUUAUUUUCUAAAGCACAAACCAGCUAUUUAGAAUGUGUUAAAAUUUGCUCUUUGGUCUUCCAAUCAGUACCACCAAGCUGUCCCAAUAUGUGCAAUUAAGUUUAUGCAAGAACAAAAAAUAAAAUUAUACUUGUCAAAUGUAAUUAUUUAUACUGGUCUUAGUCAGGCAUUUCAUGAGCUCAGUAUUGCAACUGUAAAUAGACCUCUGCAACACUGUGAUCCUGUGCAGCUUUAGUACGUACUUCAGUAACACAAAUAGCAUUGAAAGCCUUCAAAAAAUUCUAACAGUUGUGAGAAAUGAAAUAAAAUCUAAUAUUUAAUGGCUAGAUCUUAAAUGUAAAACUUCCUCACAAAUGCAUUUUAGUUUCUCCCUUCAAAGGGUGCAAAUGCUACUUCCAACACCUUUUAAAAAUAACAUAGGCUUUAGAUGCCAGUAUUUUCUUUUAGAAAUGCUGGAUGUUUUCCUAAAAUGAAUGAAUUCCAGUGUUUCAAUAAGACAGAGAACAAAUGUUUUUUUUAAAAGUCUCAUUUAUUGUUUGCCUCUUACAUCCCUAAACUGCAUCACACACUGGAAAUUGCUGCUGCAUGACUAUGGGAAGCCAUAUAUUAAAAAUAAAAAAAAUCUGAACACCACAAAUUAGUUCAUAUUCAAUGUACAGCAUAAGGAAAUUGCAGUUCGAGUUUAACUCUGUGUCCUGGUUUAGAGCAAAUUUGGGAGGUUUUGUUUCUUUUCCUAUUUCUUUUGGUUAAGCCUUGUUCUGAAGGAGAGAUUGGGUGUGAAAGUCCUUCCCUGUCAGGGGCUGCUGAAGAAACCACAUUUGGCUUCUCUCACAAAGCUUGGGCUCGCUCACAAGGAGGUAUCCCAUAAUCAUCUCUACCCUUGCAAGGCACUGAUACAGAAAGAAACCUGAUUAAUGCUUUUUUUAUAGACAAAAUGUCUUCCCCUGCUCCCUCAGAGCUAACUGACUGGCAGGGUUAACACCAAAUGCCCUGCCUGCAUGAGAGGGAGCUGCUACUGCCACACAGGAUGCAAGAACCACUUGCAGCAGGUACAUGAAGUCUGCCAGUAGCCUGUGUACAAAGUAGCUGUGUAAUGUCCUUACAUUCUCAUACAGAUGUUGAAAGCAGUGCUUGUGCAACAGUGAAAGGAAAAAAGUACACUCAGGAGGAAGGUAAUAACCAGCCAAAGCCAAGCAGGUAAUUUAAAUACUCCAUCUUGAAUAGCAAUCUCAGAAGGCACACAGAAGAACUCUAAGACAGCUCAGCCUUCAAUGAGUCAUACAGUGACACUUUUUCUUUCUCAAGAUAUAGGGAGAGCUCCUCAAACAUCAAAAUUAACACCUUGUUUUCCUCUACUGGUCCCUCUAGGAUGCCUUUGCAGAUUACAAAGUACAAAAGAUUAUAUACAUAGGAAGAACAGCACAUAGGUAUUACAUUAUCUCAAAGAGCAGUUAUGAGAAAUUACUCAAUCUGGUCUUCUGACCAUCCCUAAACAUCAAUCAGUUAAUACUGAAGGCUGACCUACUCUGAUCUAUUAUUUUACAGCUACAUAGAAGCACACACAUUCCCUCCCCACAACCCUUCAACUUCACCUAUUGGACUGCAACUCAUUUCAGAUUAAAUUCAAGCUUCCACAGAGCCACUGACCACUGCUACAGAUGAGGCCAAACAGUGCCUGAAUGGCACUAUCAAUAUUUCCAACCUGCAGCAACAAUACAAUACACAGGUCACUCAGAAGUUGAAGGCAUUUACUGGGUUCCUGGGUUUUUGCAUGAAUGCCAUGAUGCUUUCCAUACUGAUUUGACCAAAAAUUAUUUAUUUUAGGCUGUUUUACCAAGGGCAAGAGCGUUACUUUUCACCAGUCCUUGGUACUUUGGGUUUUCCUAGCACUACAACUGAACCCCCACCCCAUAAUUUUACAUCAUAGAAGUUGUAAAUAAUUUUUUAAGAAUCAUGCAAAAAGCCACUUGCAGCAGCCCAUCAUACACUAUCAGGCACAAAGAAUGGGAGUGGUUUCUAUUAGUAUAACCCAUGCUUGCCCACCCCUCCUCUCUAAAUAUCUCACAUUUAAUAAUUUUUUUAAAAAGCUUAUUUGUGUAAAGGUAUCAGAGGACCCAUAA